UAGGAAAUUUUAUUUUCCCUUUGAAGGGUAGUCGUCACUUUCCUAUUUCUUUUCUACUUACAAAGAUCUUCCUCUACACAUCAAUAAGCAAAGAGAUAGAAAGAGAGAGAAUGGCGUUGUCGAUCUUGUGUCUGAAAAUGGCGUUGUGCAGCAAAAUGUCAAGCUGUCUACUGAUGUUGCUGAUUCUUACUUCGACCCAUUUCAGUCUAAUGGCUAAUGGUAGACCAGAGCCAGACUCGCGUGAAUUCAUUAAGAGAGGAGAUCAUGAUCAGAAGAUGGUGAUGAGAGGUUUAAUAGGAUCAAGUCCACCAAGAUGUGAGAGAGUGAGAUGUCAUUCGUGUGGUCACUGUGAAGCAAUUCAAGUUCCUACUAAUCAUCAAACAAAGCUUCACUCUCCUUCUUCUUUUUCAUCCUCUGAGAUUAUUAAUCUUGAUUACAUCAGAGGAGAAGACACUACUAAUUAUAAACCCAUGAGCUGGAAAUGCAAAUGUGGUAACUCUAUCUAUAACCCUUGAAGAAAUUUAUUCACUUUUAUGUACAAUUUUUCUUUUUCUUUCUUUGUUGGGACAAACUCAAAAAUCUCUGUGUACAUAUAUAUGUUUUAGUUUCUGAUAAUUCUGCGUUAUUUUGA